UGUCAAUACAUGAAACACGUUUUAAACUAUCAUGAUAAACUGACAGUCCGAGUACGUACAGAUACUUGAAGUAUACGAAUCUUUUCAACGGUUAUCAUAUAUGGAAAUGAAAGACUAUUUUCUUCUGAUUGUUUUGGUGACAAUAUUUACGGGAGAAGUGAAAUCGUAUCAAUUUGGUUCGACAAAGGUUAAUAAAUUGUCGUGUGAUAGUAAAUGGCUAAAAGUUUUGGAGGGAGACAAGAAUGGAAACGUUUUAUCUGGUAGUAAAGAGGAUCUUCGCCAUGCUGUAGUUUCUGGUUCAAAGAUUCGAAUUAUAUUGAACGAACUUUAUUCAACUGAUACACAAAACGUCUAUGCUUUGAACGGUGAAAUUUGCGCACAGGCACUUUUUCAUAUCAGUAAAGGGGGAUUUGAUUCGCAUCAAUCUAAUGUAUAUUGGUGGUUUCUGAAUGUGUGUACAACAGGCAAUGUGCAUAUGUCCCGUUGGUUCGUAGGAGUCCAUAAAUCGCCGUCGGAAAGUAAAGUUAAAUACAACAUACAAUGGUUUGCAAGGCAUUUAAGUUGUGACUCGACUCCGGCGAAACCAGUUCUUUGUACAACUGAGAGUGGGUUCCCAUACUGUGGUAAUGUAAACAACUUAAUAAACGUUAUCAGGCAUGGUGCAGAAAUUCAUGGAGUAGAUGCUAGAAGAGGUUAUGCUGUCGAGUUCACAAAUUUACAUUACAACAAGAAAAAAUCGUUUGUAUCUGGUACUCAUCUUUGGCAUGUAAGCCAAACUAGCGUUUCUAAUUACAUUGAGUUUCAGAAGAAUGUUUACUGGUGGUUUACAAUUUGGUCAACAGACGGAUCACGUGAUAUAUCAAGAUGGAGCAUAGGUGAACAUACAGAUCGAGGUCAUAAUUCCGAUAAAUUAAUUACCAGUGAAAUGGUUGGCCGACACUUGUUGGUCUUUGGCAUAUAAACACGACGAACAUGGCAAACCGAUCGAUGGUUCAUUAGAUUAUUUACGAUCAGCGAUUUUAAAUGGAAAGCGAGUAAGACUGCAUUAUCAUUCAGGUUACCUCAUUGAAGCCGAUGAAUUGAUUAUUAGAAAUGGGCACGUGACAGCGCAGGUUUUAGGACAUGUGUCAAAUAGUGGUAAGACAUUUCAUUCC